AUGGAUGAAGAACAAAAGCUUGCUUUCUUCUUGGAAUGGGACGACCCACAGUCGGGUCUGAAGAAAGGCUACAUCAUGCACUACCACGGAGACAACACCGUCGAGCUCGUGGAGCGGAAGACAAGAAAGAUCUUCUUGAAACGUAUCCCGAUACCCACAGUCAGUCUCGACGAUCUCUACGUCGGGAGUUCUAUCACUGUGUACUCUAGACAGCUCACAAUCAUAGAACCUGCCAACGAAUUCACACGGAAAAUGCUUCAGCAGCGAGAAGACAAAGCAAUUUUUGUUAUUACACCGGACGGGUACGCUCACAUGGGACGCAUAAUCCAGCUCAUCGAACAAAGUGGUGUAUCUGUACGCGAUAUCCGAAUGGCGCAUCUGCAGAAAUCUCAUCUAGCAACACUGGCAAUCACCGACAAUAACCAGCAACGAGCACUGGUCAACGAUGUGUCAGUACUGGUAGAAGUCAGACUUCCUAAUCCAAAGGCCAUCGAGGAUGUUAAAAUGAAACUGGGGUCUGUAGACACAGUGCUGGUCGUUAGAACGGGACUGGAAGUUUUCAGCGGAAGGGAUGUCUUCCCAACUACGGCUGUGCUGGAUAAUUGCACUCUGUGUCUCAUUCGUCCACGAAUUGUCCGUGAAGCUUGCGUGGGUGAGAUUCUGGAUGCUAUCAUUGCAGCAGGCUUUGAGGUAUCAGCUUUAAAGCUGGUGCACUUCCAGAUGAACGAAGUCGACGAGCUUUUCAAGAUCUACAAAGGUGUCGUCCGUCAGUACCAUGAAAUGCUCAAGUACAUGUGCUCGUCGCCAUGUCUAGCUCUCGAAGUUCGUGGUGACGACGUGGUGCGCCGAUUCCGCGAGUUUUGCGGCCCAUUUGACGUCCAAGUCGCGAGAGCGCUACGACCCGACUGUCUUCGUGCCAAGUUCGGUCGCUCCGCCAUUUACAACGCACUCCACUGUACCGACUGCCCUGAGGACGGAGUUCUCGAAUGCCAAUUCGUCUUCAAAUCACUCUUCUCAUAG